AUGAUAGCCCCUAUCUUCGACACCCUUUACGAGCUCACUGCUGAGCAGCGCCAGUCCUUUGAGCGCGACGGUUUCCUCAUGCUCUCGGACGUCCUCACCCCUGCUCAGGUCACCGACUUGCAGUCAUGGACGGCCGAGGUCAAGGGCUGGCCCAACCGCAAGGGCGAGCACAUGCCCUACGAGGAAGUCCGCGCCGACGGCUCGACUGGCCUUUGCCGCACUGAAAACUACGCCAACUACCACACCGGCUUCUCGUCGCUGUUCCGUGGCGAGCGCCUGACGGGCAUUCUCUCGGAACUCAUGGGCGAGCGCGCGCUCCUCUUCAAGGAGAAGAUCAACUACAAGGAGGCCGGCGGGUCUGGCGGGUUUGACGCCCACAUUGACUCUACGGCGUACAACCAUGCCGGGGCGGUCAAGCACCAGACAUUCCUCAUGGCCGUCAACGACAUGGACAUGAACAAUGGCUGCCUCGAGGUCGUGCCCGGCAGCCACAAGCAGACAAUCCCGCUUGCUGCCAACCGCUGUAUCGAUCCAUCGUGGGAGGUCCAGCAGACCUGGGUGCCCGUCCCCAUGCCAGCCGGUGCCCUGCUCGUCUUCGGAUCGUACCUCGCCCACCGCUCGGGACCCAACUCGUCUCCUCGUGCUCGUGCCGCCAUCUACGCGACGUAUAAUGGCGUCUCAGAAGGUGACAACCACGACAGCUACUAUGCUCACCGACGCAAGGCGUGGCCGCCUACCUUUGAGCGUGUCGCUGGUGUGGACUACACGGAUGGCGCACUCACCUAUGCCUUUGGCUCGCCCAUGAGUGGCGGCAAGACUGCGAUCGACGCCAAGAUUGCCCAGGCGAGCGAGACGGUCGACAAGGUCUUUACGGUUAUUGAGGCGCAAGGUGACGCCGACUAUAUUGGCGAGAAUAUCAGCCAACUCGAACACUCGCUGCAGGCCGCCGCGCAGGCGCGCCAAGACGGUGCCGACGACGACACUGUCGUCGCCGCCCUCCUCCACGACGUCGGCCAGUUCAUCCCACACACCGCCGCCAAGGCAAUGAUGCACGACGGCGCGUCGCUCGGCCGCAUGUCCCACGAGGCAGUGGGCGAGCAGUAUCUCCGUGACCUGGGCUUUCCGGACAAAGUGUGCGUCCUCGUCGGCUCGCACGUCGUCGCCAAGCGCUACCUCACGGCCACGAGGCAAGGGUACCACGCCGCGCUGAGCAGCGCCUCCAAGGCCAGCCUCAAAUACCAAGGAGGGCCGUUUACGCCGGCCCAAGUGGCCGAGUUUGAGACGGACCCGCUCUGGAAGCAAAAAGUGGCGCUUAGGCUGUGGGACGACGCGGCCAAACGCGACGACUGGAAGGCGCCUGGUUUGGAGACGUAUCGCGAGACGAUUGUGGGAAUACUGUCUCGUUAG